AUGAUACCAUCCGGCGGAGGAGAGAGAAAACGAACUAGAAGAUCAGAAGAAGAAGAAAAAGAAGAAGAUCCCAAUUUCCCACACAUCCCAGAAGAAAUCGUCUUCAUUUUGCUUUCAAGAUUACCGGGUAAGUCUCGCUCGCGAUUCAAGUGCGUUUCCAAACGAUGGCGCUCGUUUAUCGCCUCAAGGCAGAAGGAGAAGCUUCUCGUCUUGUCUGGUGACUCUUUGCACCGCUCGGUCGACCGAGAAGGCACGGUGGAACCCAUUGCCGAACCCUGGCAAAGAAACGUAUCUCCUGACCGAACCCGUUUCGUCCAAAUCUUGGGUUCCUGUGAUGGGUUGGUUCUGAUUCGGAUCGACUAUGAUUUGUUCUUGUGGAAUCCGGCGACUCGUUACUUCGAGAAAGUCGCGUCCCAUUAUGCUUUGAAGGAUUCUUCUCGCUGUGCUGCUUCUGGGCUUUGCUACGACUCGUCUACCGAGGAGUACAAGGCCGUACUGGCGCUCGAGGGUGUUUGGGCGCAAACUGUAGAGGUUGGCAGUUUAAGAAACAAAUGUUGGACAGAGGUUCGAUUAUCUUUCGCUAAAUGUAGGUUGAAUCCGGGGCCUAUAGUGAAUGGACAUCUUCAUUGGUUUGCCUAUCGGAAACAAGGUUUAGCUAGCAUUAUUCUCGAGUUCAAUCCACAAAAGAAUACAUUCGCGAAGGUACUAAUGCCGCAAUCUUAUGGGAAAAAGACAAUCAUACUUGGUUUGGGAGCUUUGGAAGGAUGCCUUUGCAUGGCUCGCUUGGACAAUCGAAGCAAUCCUCGAGGAAAUGUUGAGGUAUUGGUAAUGAAGGGAUUUGGUGUAGAAAAAACUUGGAUUGCUAUGUUUACCAUAUCCAAUUUGACCGGUUUUAAAGGUGAAGAUGAGUUGGUGCCAUUGUAUUUCAUGACGAGUGGAGAAGUUCUUGUGAAAAAUCACACACGGAAGGAUCAUAGGAAGCGUAUAAAGGCUCACAAAGACAAUGAAAUUCGGAAUAUGGAAAUUCUGAUUCUACUCAACUGUAUCAAUAAUGCACUUCAAUAUUGGGCAAGUUGUAUCGAUGCAGUUCAAUAUGAGGAAAGUUUGGUUGAACCUAUCGGUUACAACAUUAGGCAAGAGGAAGAGCUAGGGGGAAAAGUGACGUAUGUGGAAUAUAUAAAUCGAAUAUGUCAUCAAAGAAGUACGUUAGUAAGUUAUGGCCAUCUAGAAGAAUUCUUCGUUGACGAAGGUUAA